UUAAAUGACUUGUAAUGGUAGAGCUGGCACUCGGAGUUGGAUGAACGCAUGCGUCAAGUGCGCGUAAAGCAUCUUUAUACGCGUUUGCGUUCUGUCAGCGAUGAGCGCUUCUCCUCCAUCAAGUCUAGAUUAGGAUACCGGGGGUGGGGCGACAGCGCUCCGUCCCGGUAAGGGGAGGAGAGAACUGGCAGCAAAGGCGGUACUUUCUCCGGGCUUGGUUUCGCGGUGCCUGAGAGUGUGCGGGACCAGGGCUGGAGAGAUCUGCAUGUCGGGGGAAGGCAUCAAGGCAAAAAAAAAAAAAAAAAAAAAAAAUAGUGAAAAAUAUAAAAAAAUAAAAAGCCAGUCCACCCCAGUCCAGCGCGGAGCCUCGCCUGCCUGGCAGAUCUUCUUUUGGAGGGGGACUGCACCACAUUCCUGUGAACUAUAACUGCUUUGAAUGGCAUGUGGCUUGUAACUUUACUUCUGCUGUAUUCUUUGCAAGAAGUCAACAGUGAAGAUGUUGUCUCUACACGGCUGUACUUUGUGAACGCCUCCCUGCAGCGGGUGACCUUCUCCAGCUCGGUGGGGGUGUCCCUGCCCUGCCCCGCGGGCGGCGCCCCCCAUGCCGUCCUGCGCUGGUACCUGGCCGCCGGAGACGACAUUUACGACGUGCCCCACAUCCGCCACGUGCACGCCAAUGGCACCCUCCAGCUGUACCCCUUCUCUCCCUCCGCCUAUAACAGCAUCAUCCACGACAACGAGUACUUCUGCACCGCAGAGAACCAGGCGGGAAAAAUCCGGAGCCCCAGCAUUCACAUCAAAUCAGUUUUCCGAGAGCCAUAUACAGUCCGUGUGGCUGACCAGCGCUCCAUGCGAGGUAAUGUCGCUGUCUUCAAGUGCCUCAUCCCCUCUGCUGUCCAGGAGUACGUCAGUGUGGUGUCCUGGGAGAAAGAUACCGUUUCCAUUGUGCCAGGUAACCGUUUCUUCUUGACCUCAUUUGGAGCUCUGUAUAUCUCAGAGGUACAGAAGGAAGAUGCUCUGUCCACCUAUCGCUGUAUCACAAAGCACAAGUACAGUGGUGAGACUCGGCAGAGCAAUGGAGCCAGGCUCUCUGUUAUGGACCCUACGGAGUCCACCCCGUCAGUCCUGGACAGUUUCCAAUCCGGUGAGGUGAAGGUAGGGCAUAGUGUGGAGCUGCCCUGCAUCGCAUCAGGGUACCCAAACCCCACCAUCAGAUGGUUAAAGGAUGGGCGGCCACUGCCGGCAGACUCCCGCUGGACGCGCCGCAUCACAGGCCUCACGAUUUCUGACUUGAGGCUGGAAGACAGCGGCAACUACAUCUGUGAGGUCACCAACAGCUUCGGCUCCAAAGAGGUGACGGGUCACCUCAACGUCAUCGAACCCCUGCGGGUAACCUUGUCCCCCAAGAACCUCAAGACGGGCAUCAGCAGCACGGUCAUCCUAUCUUGUGCUGUCCAGGGUUCUCCCCACUAUUCCGUGUCGUGGUACCGUAACACAGAACCUGUUCUGCCCGACCAACACUUCUCCAUCCAAGGCGCUCACAACGAGACCUUGUUCAUUUCGGCGGCCCAGAAAAGACACUCGGGCGCUUAUCAGUGCUUUGCCACACGCAAAGCCCAAACCGCCCAGGACUUCUCCAUCAUACUGCUGGAAGAUGGCACUCCGCGUAUUGUGGCCUCCUUCAGUGAGAAGGUGGUGGUCCCAGGCGAGCCGUUUUCCCUGAUGUGCACUGCCAAAGGAGCGCCUCCGCCGACCAUCACCUGGACCCUGGACGAUGAGCCCGUGGCCCGUGACCUUUCCCGCGUGCGAGCCAGCCAGUAUACGCAUUCCGACGGGAGCACCGUGAGCUACGUCAACGUCAGCAACCCCCAGAUCCGCGACGGUGGAUUGUAUCGGUGCGCCGCACGAAACUCGGCCGGUAGCGCCGAGUACCAAGCGCGCAUAAACGUAAGAGGCAAUCCAAGGAUUCGGCCGAUGAAAAACAUCACGGCUGUGGCAGGACGCAGCUCUUUUGUAAACUGCCGUGUGAUCGGCUACCCGUAUUAUUCCAUCAACUGGUACAAGGAGGGGCUUCUGCUACCCGACAACCAUCGUCAGGUGGUGUUUGAAAACGGCACCCUGAAGCUUACCGAUGUCCAGAAGGGGAUGGAUGAGGGGGCGUAUAUCUGUAGUGUGCUCAUACAACCUCAGCUUUUCAUCAAGCAGACUGUAUACAUUACAGUCAAAGUUCCUCCGCUGAUCCAGCCAUUUGACUUCCCGCCAACUUCCAUUGGCAAGCUGAUGUACAUCGCAUGCGUGGUGGCGUCCGGCGACAUGCCCAUCCGCAUCACGUGGCGCAAGGACGGCCAGGAGAUCGUGCCUUCGUCGGGCAUCACCAUCGACACCAAAGAGUUCAUGAGCUCCCUGCAGAUCUCCAAGGUGUCACUGAAGCACAACGGAAACUACACCUGCAUCGCCAGCAACGACGCUGCCACUGUCAGCACUGAGAGGCAGCUCACUGUCACAGUGCCUCCCCGUUUUGUGGUGCAGCCCAACAACCAGGAUGGGAUCUACGGGAAGUCUGGUAUUCUAAACUGCUCAGUUGAUGGAUACCCACCUCCCAAAGUCAUGUGGAAGCACGCCAAAAGUGCACUAGCGGGUAUCGGGAACCCACAGCAGUACCACCCUGUGCCUCUGACGGGCCGGAUACAGAUCAUGAACAACGGUUCGCUGCUGAUCCGUCACGUACUGGAGGAGGAUCGAGGCUUCUACCUGUGUCAGGCCUCCAACGGGGUGGGCUCCGAUAUCAGCAAGAGCAUGGUGCUCACUGUUAAGAUCCCAGCCAUGAUCACAAGUCACCCCAACACCACUAUGGCCAAGAAGGGUCACGUUAAGGAGCUGAACUGCACAGCCAGGGGAGAAUGGCCCAUCAUCAUUCGCUGGGAGAGAGGCGACACGGUCAUUGACCCUGACCGCAAUCCCCGCUACUCCAUUACCACAAGCCCCAACGAGAAGACUGAUGAGGUCUUAUCCACUCUCAAGCUGAAACCAGCAGAGCGUGAGGACUCAGUCUUCUUCUCCUGUCACGCCAUCAACUCGUACGGCGAAGGACGAGGCCUCAUUCAGCUCACUGUGCAAGAGCCCCCAGACCCUCCAGAGCUGGAGGUGCGAGAAGUGAAAGAUCGCAGUAUGAACCUGCGAUGGACGCAGAGGUUUGACGGGAACAGCGUCAUCACUUCCUAUGACAUUGAGUAUAAGAACAAGACUGAUAACUGGGAGUUGAAGCAUGCCACUCGAAACAUCUCCCCCACUAACAAUCAGGCCAACAUUGUGGACCUCCACCCGGCUUCCGUCUACAGCAUUCGCAUGUACUCCUACAAUGCCAUCGGCAAGAGCGAGGCCAGUAAGGAGCUCACCAUUAGCACGGAAGAAGCUCAGCCUGAUGGUCCUCCCAUGGAUGUGAUCCUGCAGCCGGUGACCUCUCAGAGUAUCAGGGUUACUUGGAAGGCUCCCAGAAAGGAACUCCAAAACGGAGUGAUCCGAGGUUACCAAAUCGGUUACAGAGAGAACGGCCCAGGCAGCAAUGGCCAAUACAGCAUUGUGGAGAUGAAGGCCACCGGAGACAGUGAGGUGUACACGUUGGACAACCUCAAGAAGUUUGCACAGUACGGAGUGGUGGUUCAGGCCUUCAACAGAGCUGGUACCGGGCCCUCCAGCUCUGAGAUCAACGCGACCACACUUGAAGACGUUCCCAGCCAGCCUCCUCAGAAUGUGCGCGCCAUCUCUGUCACAUCGGAUGAGGCUGUCAUCUCUUGGGCCGAACCCCCCAGGAUGACUCUACAUGGAGUUUUAAAGGGCUACCGUGUCGUCUUUUGGGCCGUCUUCCCUGAUGGAGAGUGGGGUGAAAUGCAGAACAUCACUACAACCAAGGAGCAGGUGGAGCUCAGGGACCUGGAGAAGUUCACCAACUACAGCAUCCAGGUCCUGGCCUACACACAGGCUGGCGAUGGCGUGCGCAGCAAUGUCCUGUACAUCCAAACACGCGAAGACUACCCCGGGCCCCCAGCUGGCAUCAAAGCUGUGCCCUCCUCUGCCAGCAGUGUUGUGGUAUCCUGGUUACCUCCUCAUAAACCAAAUGGAAUCAUCCGCAAGUACACCAUCUACUGCUCGAGCCCCGGAUCAGGCCAACCGAUGCCCAGCGAAUAUGAAGCUAACCCAGAGCUCGUCUUCUACCGCAUCAGCCACCUCAACCACAGGCAGCAGUACUUGAUCUGGGCUGCAGCCGUCACCACUGCAGGUCGCGGAAACUUCAGCGACAAGGUCACAGUUGAGCCCGCCGCCAAGGCCCCUGCAAAGAUCCUGUCAUUUGGGGGUACAGUGACGACUCCGUGGAUGAAAGAGGUACGGCUGCCCUGUAGCUCUGUUGGAGAACCAACACCAACCAUUAAAUGGACCAAAGACAGUGACAACACAGCUAUCCCAGUGUCUCUAGAUGGACAGCGUCUGAUCAUGGCUAACGGCACCCUUGUGCUACGCACCGUCAAAGCAGAAGAUUCUGGUUACUACACCUGCACAGCCACCAACACGCUGGGCUUUGACACCAUCAUCGUCAAUCUUUUAGUGCAAGUUCCUCCAGACCAGCCUCGUCUCACAGUGUCCACGACCUCCACUUCCUCCAUCACUCUGGCCUGGAUACCAGGCGAUAAUGGCGGAAGCUCUAUCAGGGGUUUUGUGCUGCAGUAUUCCGUGGACAACACAGAGGAGUGGAAAGAUGUCUUCAUCAGCUCCACAGAACGAUCCUUCAAACUGGACAACCUGCGCUGCGGCACCUGGUACAAAGUCAAGUUGGCGGCGAAGAACAGCGUCGGAGCGGGACGCAUCAGCGAGAUCAUCGAAGCCAAGACCCACGGUCGAGAGCCCCAGUUUAAUAAGGACCAGCCUGUAUUCACCCAUAUCAACUCCAGCCACGCCCGCCUCAACCUGCAGGGCUGGGCCAGCGGCGGCUGUCCUAUCAGCGCCGUGACACUCGAGUUUCGCCCGAAAGGCACGUGGGCCUGGCAGAACGUGCGGACCAACGCCUCCAAAGACGUGUUCCUGGCUGAGCUGCGUGAGGCCACCUGGUAUGAGCUGAAGAUGAAAGCCUGUAACAGUGCUGGAUGCGGGAACCAGAGCUCUCAGUUUGCAACGCUGGAUUACGACGGCAGCACAAUUCCCCCCAUUAAGUCCCCUUUGGAAAAGAACGACGACGUCAAGAAGCUGUUUUCUAUUGGCUGCCCCGUGAUCCUGGUCACCCUUGGCGUGGCGCUCCUCUUCAUCGUACGCAAGAAACGCAAAGAAAAGAGGCUGAAGAGACUUCGAGAUGCCAAAAGUCUAGCAGAGAUGCUGAUCAGUAAAAACAACAGAAGCUUUGACACCCCAGUGAAGGGGCCGCCUCAGGGCCCGCGCUUGCACAUCGACAUCCCGAGAGUGCAGCUGCUGAUCGAAGACAAAGAGGGCAUCAAGCAGAUCGGCGAGGACAAGGCCACCAUACCUGUGACAGACACCGAGUUCAAUCAGACCGGGAACCCACAAAGCUUCUGCGCAGGUGUGUCCGUUCACCACCCUGCUCUCAUCCAGAACACUGGUCCUUUGAUUGACAUGUCAGACAUCAGACCAGGAACCAAUCCAGUUUCGAGGAAGAGUGUCAAAUCCGCCCACAGCAUUAGGAACCGCUACUCUAGCCAGUGGACUCUGACCAAAUGUCAGGCCUCCACACCCGCUCGCGUCCUCGCCUCGGACUGGCGCACGGUCACCUCGCAGCACGGCAUCACCGUCACCGAGAGCGACAGUUACAGUGCCAGCCUCUCGCAGGACACAGAUAAGGGUCGUAACAGCAUGGUGUCAACAGAGAGCGCCUCGUCCACCUACGAGGAGUUGGCCAGGGCGUACGAACACGCCAAGCUGGAGGAGCACCUACAGCACGCCAAAUUCGAGAUCACCGAGUGCUUCAUCUCUGACAGCUCCUCCGACCAGAUGACCACGGGUACUAACGACAACGGCGACAGCAUGACAUCCAUGAGCACGCCCUCGGAGCCCGGCAUAUGUCGCUUCACCGCCUCGCCGCCCAAGCCCCAGGACUAUGAUCGUGGCAAGAAUGUAGCCGUGCCCAUCCCCCACCGCGCCAAGAGUGACUAUUGCAACAUUCCCCUCUACAUGAAGUCAGACCCCUUCUUCCGGAAGCAGUCGGAGCACCGUGACCCGUGUCCGGUGGUUCCCCCCCGCGAAGCGUCCAUCCGCGGCCUGGCCCAGCGGGCGUACCACACCCAGGGCCGUCACAUGACUAUGGACUCUGCAAAGCAGCAGGCCCUCACCAUGGGCCACGCCGGCCUGUCCAGCCUCACCUCCUCUGGCGCGUCCGCCGGAGGAGCCGCAGGGGGAGGUGGAGGAGGAGGAAGCAUGUCCGCCAGCUCCAGCAGCUCCACGCUCCCCCAGAGGACUCUCACCAUGCCGGGCUCCUCGGCCACGGGGGCCCAGAGCGCGGCCACCGCGGCCGCCGCCACCGCUGCCGCCGCCGCCGGGGCGUCAUCAUCCUCCAGUGGGGCCGUGGGGGCCACGGGAGGCACACCCGGCGGGGCCUCCUCCUCUUCCUCCUCCAAGAUGGGAGGAUCUAGAGACUCUCUUUUGGAGAGCAGCUCAUCAGGAUUGGGCAGACUACAGAAGCAGAGGGAUGGAGGUGCGGGGGCCUACUCCAAGUCAUACACACUGGUGUAGCCUGACAUGCUUGCGGCUAAUUCAAAUGAUUAGUGGUCAAAUGCGGGGUGAAGAAGACACUGACUCCCGGCUCCUCACCCGCAAGGUGGCUGCGCUGUGCCGCGCCGCAGGGGGCCACUCGGGCUCCCAUCGACACUGCAGUAAAAAGGAGUUGAGGGGGGGGGGGGGGUCUCCGCAGCACAGAGGGGUUGCCUUUCUUUCUGCCUGAUUGCUUUUCUCCCUAUCUCUUUUACGCCAUCACUUGCCAAAACCCCAUUUAUUUGUCCACUUUUUCACAUUCUGCUUCGGACCCCCACUUAUCCAAGGUAUGCACAAAAUCCUCUCCACGUGCUGCAAGACGCGGUUGCUUGAAUUUCCCUCCGGUUAUGUUAUUGAGGUGGAAGGGAGCUCAUAUCACAGCAUUGUGCCACAUCACGAUGCUUUGACUGUAUGCAUUAGCCACCCGACUCGGUGACGUUUGCUCCAUGAAAUGUCUUUUACGUAAAAUGUAUCAUGAAAAAAAAAACAUGUCAGUGAGGGAAUCCUCAUUUCUGGCAUGGGGGAAUAUAAUCUCACAUAUGAGGAUUCUCAAGACCGCGCGCGUGUGUGUGUAUAUGUGUAAAUAUAUACAAUAUAUGUGCACGUGUGGCAGGCACACAACAAUGGUGGACCUUUUUAAAAGUCAAUCUGUAUGCUGAGCGUCUAAAUACGAAAACUCGCAGUCCAUUUUUUUAACUUAAGAAGCUGCAUUUUGGAUUUAUUUUUUAACGGUCUUAUUAUUUGCAAUUGAAAGAAAGGCAAGCGGUACCAUGCAACUCUCUCAUCAAGGUGCCACAACUGUAAUCCAGUGCUGUAGUCAUUCUACAAGCAGCCUUCUCCAUUCGUACUGUAUCUUCCGUCGGCGUCAUAUUCGUACGGCGCGUUGAGACCCAUGACGAUGGAAGCUGUCAUUUCACCAGACAACUCUCACGGUGUGCCUCUCGGCACACGGCUAGGCUGUGUUCUCCCCGUCCGCCACACGGUGCCCCAUAUUCAGUAUGAAGUGAAGUCAGUGUCGGAUUUUCCAACCUUUACUGGGGCAGGCCUUCACGUUCAAGAAAAAAAAAAAUGUCAGAAAACACCACUGAGUAAAUAUGUCACAAAAAUUGGGGUCACCAGGUUCAUAAAGUACCUUCUGCCAUCUAAUGGAACAGCAUUUAAAUGUUCUGUCACCUUUUUACAGACAUAGAUAGUUGAACCAAGAUACAUGAUUUGUAGUCAAUGAUUAAGAGAAAUUGGUUGACUGAUGCUCUCUCAGGAGAACACAAAAGUCCCUCGAUGGAUUUUGAAAUUUACUGAACUGCGACAGUCACUAGAAACUCAAUAUAUGUAUUCCAUGAUGCAUUGCGCCUAUAAAGAAAAAACAAUAUUUUCAGUUUAUGGAAAGAUUUUAUUUAAAUUUAUUCAAUGUAUGGUAAAUACCUUGAAAUUCCCUGCUAAGUGAAACUAACGAUGGAGGAGACUGUUGACAACCCUGACUAAUUCUCCAAAAUUGAGUCAUGUAUGUAGAAACAAACUUCUGAAUUUGCUUUGGUCUUUAAUAUAAGUACGGAAACAAAAACAAUGAAAACAAUCAGAUUAUGUUAUAAUUUAUUAUUUGUUCAAUAUUUACUCUUCAACCUCCGCCCCUUGAUAAGGUAUGUCGUAACGAUGCGAAAGCACUGACAUAAAUAAUUAACGGUGUGCCAGUUGUGUUCUAAAACUGAUGUGACUGAUGAGUGAAAAUCCAAAACAAAGGUUUAGAAAUGUCUCUAGAUGGCACAAGAUGCCAGCAAAUGACUACUUUUGGCUGUGGCCCGACUAUGAAGCUCUUUCCCCCCUCCCCGCUCCAACAUUGUGCGAACAAGAAGUUGGCAAGGACAACGUGUCGUAUUUUAUACAAGGCCUUGACUUUUCAGCUAGUAAUGGAGAAUUGGUUCUAUUAAAAUAAAUAAAUAGAUAAAUAAAAUUUGCCGAAUUAGAGUGUGGAAUAGAUAAAUGGUUCCAAACACAGCCUUAUAGUAUUGUUAUUGUAUUAAAGAAAUUCUCCGUAAAUUAAGUUUCAUUUUACACGUGGUGCGCUUUCUUUCAUUGACUUUUUAUUUAUUCACCAUUUCUUCCUCAAGCAAAAUCCCAUAACAAAGAAUCAGUUCCAAAAAUAGAAAUAAAAAAUGUUUAAAAAUAAGAGUUGCUCCAAAAUGUUUUUGCGAAGAUCAAACAUAAUAAACAUCAGGGCUCUCGCAAUAGAAAAAGAUAUACGUUUGUUUUGAAAAAUAAUAUGUACAUAUAUAUUUCUAUUCAAAUAUAUAGCAAUUAUAUGACUACUGAGGGAAAACAAAUAACUAUCAAAGCCGUUCUAAUUGAAAAUAUAUUGGAAAAGAUCACAAGACAAUCGCUCUGAGGUGGAGAUAGAGAGAAAAAGAAGGCGUGCGUGACAAAGAGGCAAGGGACUUGAACGGGUACCACAAGCGUCGCGAGGGCAAAUUGGGAGUGCUGAAGCGCUACCAUUUUUUUGGUUGUUUUUUUUGUGUCCCCGCUCGGGAUUCCGACUGCACGCCGACGCGGCUCGGACGACGACAAAGCACAGUAGAAUGGUGGCAGGACGUGUUGUGGUGAGCUUGCUGUUGAAAAACAAAGAACUUCCCAACUUUAGCAGAGCGUACGGUGGUUAUAAAAUGGCCGCACGGCCGUGUUCGAAUUCUGCAGUAGGUUUUUGGGGAACAAAAUGAGACUCAAAUACAUUUGGUCAAACUCAAAACCUUUUCCACCAUUAUUGUGACCGAUGCACUCUACUCUUUCAGAGAUGCUGUGGUUGCACAAGUCUGCACACCCUCUUUUAACUGGAGGUUUGGCUAGCUGUGUUCAGAAUUGACUUGAAUGACUUUUAAACUAAGCUUUUAUGGGGGUCAUCACAGACCCGUCGUCUCUGAUUAACCACAAAUAAAGUUCAGAUGGUCAAACGGGCUUUUACUGAGAUGUUUAGUUUGUUUUUUAAAUGUGUGAGCAUUCCAGAAGAGGUCUGCUACGUACAUUUUCUUCAUAAUUCCCUCCACGUGGACAAAGCACCCAGUUCCAGCUGAAGAAAAAGUGUGUUCAUGGUGUUGUGUAUAUAAUGAAGAGUGUUGUCAAACAUCCCUUUUACAAUCAUGGCCAGAAAGUUCAGCCUUGGCUUUAAGGGACCGUAACACAUUUUCCUAUGUGUUUAGGAAACGUUGUUAUGGUCCAGUUCAUAAUAGAAGUCAGUGUUUCCAGCUUCUGUUGGUAAGCAACAAAACUUCAGGGUCCUGAUGGUAAGUUGAAAAACAAAAUAGUCCCAAAAAGACUACUAGAACAUGUUAGCUUGAGUUGGGGUUAAUCGGUGGCAGACUUGUGCUGACUCUUACUCAAAAUGGGCUUAAAUGUCAUUGGUUAAUCUGAACAGUCACAUUUUCAGUUUGAAGAGGGUGUGUGCACUUGUGCAAUCACAUAAUUGGAGCUUAAUUCUUUAGUUUAAAAAAAAAAAAAAACAAUCAUGGUUGAGGUGCACAAGUAUAUAUUCAAAUAAUUAUUAAUCUUGGUGUCAUUCGAACAGGGGUGUGUAGACUUUUUAUACCCACCGUAUACUGAGUAAGCCUGUUUUGAUAUGUCGUACAGUACCUUCCGAAGGUGUGUUCACCGACUCCAUAUGCCAUCCCGCCCAAGCAGACUACUUUCUGCACCGCUUUGGCCUUUACAUUUCCACUUCUAUAUGUUUCCUCGGAAACAAUCUUUUCACGAGCCUGUUUGGACUCCGUUCCAUUGAUAUUGGAUGGAGUAGCUAAACUAAACCAGCACCCAGGUCAGGGUGACCACUAUGUCAGUUUGUUCAAAGUAAAUGCAGUGUUCCUUGCGGCAAGGUCUACCCUAUUAUCAGAACAAAUUACAACCCAUAAUGACGUUUCAUCCUGCACUGAUCUUAUUUUUGUAUGUAGCUUGUUCAAGCAUCAAAGCUAAUUGGGUGUGUUUUGCAGCCUGCUUGUGACAAAUUGUUAAUAGGUUUAUGGUACUGUCUGCGGCAUAUUGUCAGUGUCCAAUGAAAAACAUGCACCUCCAAUAUUUUUCAAAUUUUUAUUAUUGAAUAAUUAUUAUAGAAAUUAUUGGGUGUUUUUGCCAUCGAAACAAUUACAACAAAUACAGAUUUGGAUCAAAAUACUCAACCAAAAGACUUUUUGUUUUAUGACAUAUUGUAACUAUCGAAAAUUAAUAAUUAUUAUAAUUGAAAAAAUGAUUUUAUAUUUUACUUUAAAAGCAAUAAAAGAAGUAACGCCUACAGUUUGAAAUUCAUUUCUUCCUGGUGCGUGAGUACCACAUAUGGUAUGAGGGCUCCCUCUGGUGGCACACAAAAGAAUCACUGAAUGAAAUGGCCAAACUGUGCAGAAUAUUACAGUAGCCUAAACUUUUUUUUAUUAUCAUUAUUAUUCCAGUACGGUACCUUAGCAGAGUUUAGCUGUAUUUAGCUUUUAAGUACAAUACAUUUCUAUUUCAUCUUUAAGAACUGUCUGUUUUUAACAUUUAGCCGCGUAAAAAAAAUUGAGCUGUUAUGUCCAAUAAAUUUGAAUGUAAUCAUUAUUUAAGUGCAGUUUUUGUUUUCCUACAUUUAAACGCAGCGUUAAUGUUAAAAUGCAUAUUGUGGCUUACACAAGUCCUGCAUUUACAUUUGCUAGCCCGCUAUUGAAUUUUAAUUUUGGUCGUUAUGAUGGCCGAAUACGUAAUUUCUUUCAAAAUGCAUUGUUAACCUUUUAAAUAAUGCCCCAAAAUGAUUUGUUUUGGAUUCAAAACAAAACAAAAAAGAAUAUAUUCACACUUUUUGCAAUACAGUAUUGUACAUGGGCCCCGUGAUUGGCUGGCAAUCAGUUCAGGCUGUACCCCGCCUCCUGCUUGUUGACAGCUGGGAUAGGCUCCAGCCCUUCCCGCAACCCUUGUGAGGAUAAGUGACUAAGAAAACGGAUGGAUGGAUACUGUACAUGCUUUUCAUUGGACAUGAUGAAAUCUCAUUGCUACAAAAGUUUUAUUACUCAAAUUGUGCAAAAACUGUAGAGAGGAGAAUUAGUAUCUUGACAAUAAUUACAGGAGGAAAAGAUUUUGGUGAUUUAAUUGCGUUCCAUGUGCAAUUGAAAUUGAUUCAAUAGUUCAAAGGGUGGAUUUAAAAAACUAUAUAUA